AUGACGGUCUUGAAAAAGCUUGCCAUCUGGCUCUGGGGUCCAGAUGCCAAGGAUCGAGCCUUACUGUCCAAACUCGAUGUGACACUGCUCCCUUAUUUCUCGUUGAUCUGGUUUUUGUUCGGUAUUACUCGGGCUAGUUAUUCAUCUGCUUAUAUUAGUGGUAUGAAGGAGGCCUUGGGCUUUGAAGGGAAGCAGUACAACUACAUGAACACCGCCUACCUGGUUGUUUAUGCCGUGUGUCAAAUGCCGGGUACCAGCCUUCUAACCAUCUUGCGACCGAAAUAUGUCUUUGUUACUGCUAAUGUGACUUGGAGUGUGUUGACAUUGAUUACUUACAAGAUGACACAUGCCUGGCAAGUCAUUGUACUGAAUGCCAUCGAGGGCGGGUUUUCUGCUAUUGCAUAUGUUGGAGCACAAUUCAUUCUCGGCUCAUGGUAUCGAAAGUCCGAGCUGGGGGUGCGAGCAGCUGUGUUUUGUGUGUUUGGCCAACUGGGGACAAUGUCCGGUGGCUGGAUGCAGGCUGGUCUGCUUGAGACUCUGGCAGGCAAAGGUGGUUUACCGGCGUGGAAAUGGAUCUUCAUUAUUGUGUCGGUCAUGACAAUUCCAGUUGCGAUAUUCGGCUGGGUCUUUAUUCCGGAUCUCCCUGCUCACCGUGCCGCCUGGUAUCUCAAUGAUGAGCAAAAGGAACAUGCAGCCACUCGCCUCGGUCCGCUUCGCCAGCAAUCCUGGGAUAUGACCGUUUUCAAACGUGUUUUGCUGAGCUGGCAGUUCUACCUGUUGCCAUCCCUCUUUAUGUUGUACUCGCUCUGCGUACAGAUGCUACAGAACAACGUCAUGGCUUACUGGAUGGCUUCAAGAGGCUAUACCACUAUUCAGCAGAACAACUAUCCUACAGGUAUCUACGCGACAGCUAUUUUUGGAACAGUGUUCUACGCCGUGAUCUCUGAUAAGCUCCAAUCCCGCUGGGAAGUGUCUAUCGCGAUCGGGUUGACCUUCAUCAUCGGCUCAGCUGUCUUAGUCUCCAGCCCGUCUACAGAUGCUGGAUACUUUGUUGCCUUUUACCUACUUGGCACCACCUUUGCCCCACAGGCUGUGUGGUAUUCGUGGAUGGCUGAUGUGACAAGUCACGACUUCCAAUUACGAGCUAUCACGACAGGGUUCAUGAACUCAUUUGACUUUGCCUUUGUCUCUUGGUGGCCCUUGAUUUUCUACCCAGCGACUGAUGCGCCUGACUUUAGAAAGGGGUAUAUUGCCAGUUUAGUCACAGGGACACUGACCCUGCCGUUUAUCGCAAUCAUUGCCUAUCUUGAAAAGAGGGAUACAGCACGCGGCAUUAUCGGGAGGAUUCCAGCUGAAGGAUCUGAUGCCGGGGAAUCGGGCUUUCCACAUGAGACAGUCGAUGAGAAUACGCCGAUUAAUGUACAACCGAAGGCUCGUGUGUAG